UGUCCACUGAAGAAAAUGAAUCUGUUUAAAUCACCAUUACAGGAGCUUAAAUCUGGAAUUGAUAAGGUUCAAGCUGAAUUAAAUGACAUACAAUCAGUGUUAAAAAUAGUUCCCCAACGAUGUCAGGAGCUUCUUUCUGAAUUACCAGAAGAGACUAAAUGUUCUAAAUUGAAAGAACAUUUGCAAAACAUUAUUAAAACAUGUAAUGAGGUUAUAAAAAACAUUACGGAUAUCAAACCUAGUGAUCCAUUGGCCUUCCCUGAAUUGCAAAAACACUUCCUCUCUGCUUAUGAGGCUGCCAGUCCUGCAUACAUCUGUCAGAAGUAUGGCAACAAACCUGGUGACAACUAUCACUUUGCCACCCUGUACGACCGAGCUAGAAGAAUGCCUCUCUACUCUGCUUACAAAAUGGACCGAAGUGGGACUCCUAAAAGGAAAGGAGGUAUAAUCAACUAUGAACCUCAGCUUGUGCACUGGGACGCUCCUGAAUCUAAGCAGAAAUCAAUAAGGGAUAUUAAUACAUUUAUUAAAGACCACAACGGGGUAAAUAAAUGCCCUGAAAGACACCCUGAUGUCCGUAUAGCGUACAAACUUCGCUGGAGCCAGGCAACCGAUGAUGACUUCACUUCCUUUGACCGAGGACACCUGAACCCUGCUGGUCACCACGCUGAAGGAGAUGGUUCUGAGGCCACCAUGACCUUUACCAACGUGGCACCACAGAGUAAAAUAAUGAACAAUGGGCCUUGGAAUGAUUAUGAAACCAAGCUGAGGAUAAAAUAUGGAGGUGACUUCAAAUCAGACAAAGACAUGGUUAGACUAGAGAUUACACAGACACAGAUACAGAACUGUCAUAAUCUGUAUGUAGUGACGGGGGUGGUGCCUGGGAACACAUGGCAGUUUGGGAGAGUUAAUGUUCCUAGUUACUACUGGAGUGCCCACUGCUGUACCAGGAUGGAUCAAAAUAAUGAGGUCCCUGUCCUGUCUGGAGGAGCUCUGUGUCCUAACAGAGAUGAUGGAGAGGUUGAAGAGUUUGAUAGCGUAGAUAAACUUGAAGUCAAACUUAAAACAUUAAUUGAAAAGGAACUACAUUUAAAGCUGAAUAAUCCAAUCCAUAUUUUUGAUAAAUGUGUGCCUCAACUAACACGAAGCAAGUCCCUUCCAUCAAUCCCAUCAGACUCUGUAGUUCCUUUGAAACCCAAACGUCCCAAAGAGUAUAAAUAACUCCACAUCAC